UUCCCAUCUCCAAGAUGUCGCAUUAUGUACAUAUAUGCAAAUACAAGUAUUCCAAAAUCCAAAAAAAUUAGAAGGUCCAAGCACUUCUGGUCCCAAGCAUUUCAGAUAAGAGAGAUUUGACAUGUAUUCCAGGUAUUGUGAUGGACAAAUAUUAAGGCUCUGACUAGCAGGGAGUGACUAACACAAUGGCUGAAGUGUUUUAAAAGAAGGUGAAGAUUUAUGUAAAGAAACCCAGUCUCCAUAAUGGCAAUCCCCAAUCAACACCCAAAACUAUGUUAUCUAUGCAUCCAGUAGGAUUGUCUGGCCUCUUUAUCACUUUCUCCGAGCUCCAGGCAUUGGCAGUGAUAUGGAUAUUCUUACCUCUCCAUCCUCCUUGUCUUGACCAGAGCAUUCCUAUGGGACCCUACAAGGUAAAAAAAUACCCAGGUGCCUAUACAGUGUUUGGGCAAAAGUUCAAAACAGUCUCAAGCAGUAAAGUGAAUAAGGAAAGUUCUUUCUUUAAUUUCAUCUCAUUAUUUAAUGGUUUUUUAACACUGGUAUUUUGUCAAUUUUUGCAAUUUUUAAAAAUUGUUGUGAGCCACUCUAGGGAGUCCCAAUCUAGGGAAAAGACAGGUGCCGCAACCAACUACAGUUCCCAGAAUUCCAUACCAUGGAGCCAUGGCAGUUAAAGUGGUGGCAAACUGGAUUAUUUCUGCAGUGCGGAUCCGGCCAUUGUUCCCAUCCUUAUGCAUUCUUAAAUGAAAGGAAAAUCCUUCUCUGCAGUUUAUGUCUGCUUCCCUGCGCUCCUCUGUAUAACUGGAGUGGAAUUGUGCAUCCUAGCAAAUGUGCUUGGACUGCAACUCCCACCAUUCUUAUGCUGGCUAGGUCUGCUGGGAACUGCAGUCCAACCACAAUCUGGAGAGAUGCGUAAUCCCCACUCCAGCUAUGUAAGGCUGAAAAUCUUACCUUCUUGGCAUAGCUCCGCAGCUUAAAUUGUGCAAAAUCUUCCCUUUGACAUCAGCACUGGCCUAUCCUGUAACUCCUGCCAUAACGGAGAAGGUGUUGUCUUGUUUUAAAUUUUACUGUUUAAAUUACAGGUAUUUCUGUCUGUGUAAAGUGUAUGCUUUCACUUGUUCUAAUAUGCUUAACUCUAGUUCAGUGUUGACUCUUUGUAUGUGUUUAAUGACCUUGUAAUCAUUUUAAUGUAUAAGCCAUCUUGAGUAACAAUCUUGGGCAAUAGGCAGGAUAUAAAGUUGUUGUUGUUGUUGAUAAUAUAAUAUAAAAUAUUCAGAGGUGAAAAUAAUUCCAAUAGAAUGUGGGUUGAAUCUUUGUUGUUCAUAUGUAUUUUGAAUGCAUCCAAUUCAGUUGUUGGGGGCUGUCAAAAACUCAAUUCAUUUCAAUUUCCCCCCCAAGUUUUACUAAAAGUUUCACAUUGCCGGCUGUGCGAAUAACCAAUGAGACCCAGGGAUAAACUUGACAUGCCUUGAAUGUGCCUUGAAUACAUUCGCAUCAUCGAUGUUAUCUUAUUGACAACGCGGAUAUGUGUGAGCAACAGAAGAUGCAGAGAUGCGCACAGAUGCAGUGCUGAUAAAAAAAAGUCUGAACAAACCUGGACUGCAUGAGUGAGAUUAUUCACAUAGUUGCACUAACAAAAACAAUGUCUGAGCAACCCUUAAAUCACUUCCCAAUCAAUUCCACCAUGCCUUUCCUUUCUUCUCCACCAGUCCUUCUUAUGCAGAAAUUCAAAUGUUGAUUUCUGUUCUCAUGGUCUUCCAUAUAGAAUUGCAAAUUGUGGGCAAGCCAGAUUUCUAUGGGAGUUUUAGAUUAAGACCUCUGACUACAUUUACCCUUCUACAACACUCCCACCCAACGCAACAAGUUGUCCCGCCAUAUCUGCCACUUCCACUGCCAACGGAGUGAAUAGCAGCUGAAUACUCCUUUAUAAGAUCCCAGCAAGAAAAGCUAUUUAAUCAGGCCUCCAGUAUAGGAGACGACAUCUCUAACAAACUGGAUGUUUGUGUCUGCUUUGUCGUUUCCUUGUGUUUUCUUUGUUUUGUUGCUUCUUCACAGGCCCUUCCUCCUCUGGACUGAACUUUCGAGCACUUAAGGUGAGUCCUGCACCACAAAGUAUUAUUUUAAAGCUAUGGUUCUCCUGGAAGUCCAAGCCAAGCUUGGUGCUCUUCGAAGCCAAAAUUCAAGGUCUAUUGUAUCUCACCUGGCUAAAAGAUUCAGUGGUAAGGAUAGGAUCUUUAGAGCUGCAUCUGCACUGCAGCAUUAAUGCAGUUCGACACCACUUUAACUGCUGUGGCACAAUGCUAUGGAAUCCUGGGGUUUGUGGUUUUGUGAACUAUUUCGCCUUCUCUGUCAGAGCACUCUGGUGCCACAACCCACAACAAACUACAAAUCCCAGGAUUCAAUAGACUGGAGCUAUGGUAGUUAAAGCAGUGCCAAACUAUUAAUUCUGCAGCCUUGGACAUCUUCUUUGAUGAUUUAGCCAUUCAAUAUCAAAACUGCUUUUGAAAUGUAACCAGGUUUCAGUACGGAUGAUAAUUAUUCUGCUGUAGGGCACCUUAAUUUUGUCUAGUUCAUACUUAGCUAAAUCUUGGGAAGAUUCAUUAAUUGGACUGACUCCGUGACUUUACGCUCACCCAACUUUCCCUUCUCUUCCCAGAUUCUCAGCUGCUUGCUCUUUGUUUAAUAUCCAGCCUGAAGAAUUCCGAAAGAAUUCCAGUGCAUCCCUGGAUAUUUAGUGCUCACGCAGACACAAGAGUCUGCGGAAUAAAUAACAAUGUGGAUAUUGGUCAAACUCUUCAUGGCAGCAUGUUGCCUUGUACCUGCCAAGGCAGUGGUGGUGCAGGAUUUUAGCAACUGCCUUGAGUUCUUCUUGGACAAAAUUCCCCCCGACGCAUCCCUCACUCCAUCCAACCCUGCCAGGAUUUGCCAGUUUUACAAGAAUGCCUACCGUUAUGCCACCAUGUAUGACAGAGAGAAACACAUUCCCAUAUAUUCUGCAUAUAAGUGCAAACCUGGCAAGGGCCACAGGUACGACGGCUGGAUGAUCGAGCCCCAGCUUGUAGAUCCCAAUUCAGGAAAGAGCAUGGAAGAUGAGCGUGAAACCACCAUUGCUGGCACAGGCAUAGAAAAGAGCCAAGCCACAUUCAAUGAUUAUUCUCAAGCCUUAAACAUUGAAAAGGGGCACUUGAACCCCGUCUGCCAUCAACCAGACGAAGACAGCAGAGAGGCCACCUCCACCUUGACCAACAUUGUGCCCCAGUUUAGCAAACUCAAUGAAGACGCCUGGGCCAGCUACGAAGACAGUCUCAAGAAAGAGGCCCAGGUCUGCAAGGAGCUGUAUGUCAUUGUGGGAGUUGUGCCUGGGGAUGAAUAUAUAGGUGACGGCCGGGUCAAUAAACCCAGCCAUAUCUGGUCUGCCGCCUGCUGCUUGCGUGAUAAAGAACGCAGAAACGGAUGGGGUGCCAUUGCAAAGAAUAGCGUGAAUGAAGUAAAGCAAUACAACUUGGAAAAACUGAAGAAAGAACUUGCCCAACUCUAUGGAAAGCAAAAGCUUGAUCCUUUCAACAAUGCUUGUAAAUAAGCUGUUGGAGAACUGUAACUGUCUUUAUUAUAUAGUGUAUACAUUCUUGAAACCUGAGCCUAAAUCUAAUUGAGUAGGCCCACUGAAUCAAUGGAACUUUCAUGCAGGUUGCUUUUCUAUUGAUUCUGGUGGUGUGCAAUUCAUUCUGUGACUCUUUCUGACCACUGAAUAUUGUAAUUUAAACAGUGAGAUGUAUAGUCUGCCAAGAACACACAGCACUCUCUGGGAAGAUCUUCUUUCCUAGAUCUUUACUGCAGGGGUACUCAAACGUUUUACACUUGGGACCCCCACCCCUUUAUAUCUACUUGCGGACAUUAUGGCCCCCUCCCACUGGACAUAGUAUAUGAAUAAAAAUAUUUUGUUUAUUUAGCAUGCAUAUUUUCAUUCACACAUUCAUGUAUACAUAUUCUGUCAUUUUAUAAGGAAGUAAUGUAGUUCAAAUUAGAACAGUUUUAUUUAAAUAAAUUCAACAUUUAAUGCAUGUGUAAAUUUUACACGUAAGAAAGUCGGAGGGAUCAGGGCCUCCAAUUCUCACGUCCCCUUGAGCAACUCUUGUGCCCCCCGGGGGUCCCAACCCACAAUUUGCAAACAACUACUUUAAUACCCAUAUUUUCCCUGCAUUAAACAAUGUCAGAUUGCUUUACAUCAAGUGGUGGACUCUCAAAGACUUUACCUUUGUUUGUUUUUAUUGUACAUUCUCUGUGAUUCAUGUUUCUUUUCUUUUAUAUUUUGUAUAACAUUCUGCUUUUUUGUAUGUUUUCUGUGAGUUUUGGUAAAGUACUAAAUAAACCUUUUUUAUAAGAAAAAAAGAAGUUACACAUUCUCAGUUGGUAC